AUGGUGCGAAAGAAGAUCGCUAAAAUGGAUACAUUCAAAGGCAGUCUGGUGCUCCUAAUAGGGAUAUGCUUAAUGAGCUGUACAACCCUGGCACAGGAUGCGGAAGCUUCGGCACCAUCAACAACCACAGCGAACGGUGAUCUCACGACGGAUGCUACCAGCACAACUGCAAACUCGAUAGAGCCCUCGGAACCCCCCACUACGAAUGGUUCCCCACUGGAGGUGCUGCCAUUAGCGACAAAGUCCGCUGAUAGCAGCGAAUCCAUCGCUGGAACUGAUCAACCCAAGGUGCCGGAAGAUGCCACAACCACGCAGCAAGCUGUCGACUCAUCGUCGGCUAGCCCGUUGACCACGAGCACACCCAGCCUGCUGGAAUCCAGCACAUCAACCGAGGUCAAGAGUACCGAGGCGAGUCUCGCCAUGGGACCCGACACAACCACCACUACCGUGCAGCCAACACAGGCGGCCAUCGUCACAACGUUCGCCGCAAACAAGUCAGAUGUUACGCCGACCGCCAAACCGGUUCUUCUGCACGUCAAAUCGCCCGAAGAGGAAGCGAACGAUCGUACCGCGGAAAAUCCGCCCUCGAUACUGAACCACUUCCUACCGAGCGGCGAAAGUUCUUCGGAGGAGCUGCUCAAGAUGAGCGACGUGCGUGCGUCGGCGGAGGUGCGCGGCCGUGCGAUCAGCUUCGGACCGAGCGAACCGAUCAAUUUCGUUACCGCACCGAACCUGGUCACCACCGUACCGCCACCGGUCACCGGUGACGGUGCGAUGCUGCAGACUACGAAACCGCCGCCACCGUACGAUGAUCUCAGCGACAUCAGCAUGGAGUCGACGGAUUCUACCGAGCCCAAGGGUGAGAUGGGACCGGGGGGUCCGGAAGGCAAAUCCAUGGAAAUGUUAGCACCGGGCGAAUGUAUUUUCAACGGCAUGGAGUACAAGACUAAUGCCACCGUGGACAAGGAUUGUGACGAGCGGUGCCACUGCGAAGAGGACGGCAAAUGGCGCUGUGAACCACGGUGCGGGCGACCGUUUGUGAAGCGAGGCAAGGCGGUGCUCGAUGCCGGCUGCUACGAGAAUCCCUCCAAGACGGACGAAUGCUGUGCCACGCUGAUCUGCCCCUCGGAGCGCUUCACCGAUGGACGCGUCGAACCAACACCCGUGUCGGAGGAGACAACCACGGCCAAAGCGAUCGUGACGAGCUGCAUCUACAAGAACCAUUCGUACGGCAUCAACGAACGCAUGGAGGUGGGCUGUGAGCAGAUCUGUACCUGUACCAGCGAUGGGGAGAUGGAAUGUGCACCGCGCUGUGCUCCGCUCAAUGCAACGCUCUCGGAACAGUGCGUGGUGUUGCCAGAUCCGCACGAUCCGUGCUGCAAGCGUGAGUUCUGUGAUGUUACGCUCGAUGACCACGAACAGAGCAGUGGCGUGAUGAUGAUGAUGGCACCGGCCUCUGCGUCCUCCUCGCCUUCGACAACGACCGGACCCGCCCAGGAUCUCCCACCGGACGCACAGUCGACGGAGGCCGGGUGCGAGUUCAAGGGUCGACGGUACAAACUAAACGACCAGUUCCACGACGAAUGUAACGCGCUCUGUCUCUGCACGGAUGCCGGUGUGCACUGUGCGAAAAUCGAAUGUCCGUCCGAGUUUGGUCUGGACGUACUCGAUCCGCACUGUCUCAAGUGGGGCCCGGAUCCGGCCACCUUCCGUGCGAUCGCACCACGUUGCUGUCCGGAGCGGAUGCGAUGCAUUGACAAUGGAACGUGCGAGUAUAAGGGUCAGCUGUUCGACAACUGGUCCGACAUACCGAGCAAUCUGACCGGCUGUGAACAGCACUGCUAUUGCGAUACCGGUAUCGUCGAGUGUCGUCCAGCCUGCCCACCGGUGCCUGCAUCACCACCGUCCCAUCUGCCGUGCAGUUCGAGGAACGCCCGCCUGAUGCCGAUCCCUGGUGAAGAGUGCUGCAAACAUUGGGCCUGCAGUCCGACAGCGGACAAUGGAAUUGCAAGUGGAAACGACGUACUCAAGCCAUUGCUAAUGCCCGGCACAAUCAAUCAGUUCCUGCCGACGAAACCACCCCGAUCGGACGGGAAACCAACGGACAGGGAGAAGCACCCGGAACCGGCAAAGGAACCUGCGUCCGUACCAUUCUAUCCAACGAUCGACGGCAAACCGCCCAAAGUGCCACAGGAGAAACCACACAAAAAGUACACCAAAGAAGAAGCGAACAAGAAGGAUCACUUUAACAACAUUUUCGCCGGCACACAACCCGGCGAACCGGAGUUGCCCGAUGAUGGAAAGUACGAUUACGGUAGCUAUGAGGAAGGCAUGAAACCGGCAACACUCGGUGUCCAACGUCCCGGCCCACCUGGUUACUAUGGGCCGGAGAUAAAGCCUCACUAUGGAGCCGAGUUUAAUCCCUAUCUGCAUCCACUGGCUGGUGGCAAUGGAGUACCAACGGGGCAACCCGUUCCGACCGUUGGAGGUCAACCGGUUCUACAUCCUGGACAGCAUCCGACCGGGCUGGACAAGCAGUUGCUGAACGUGCUCGGACCGAACGGUCCCGGUAGUCUGCCACCGAACAUCCGCAUCGAACAGCUGCUGCAGCACAUUCAUUCGCAGGAUCCGAAUCUGCCGCCGCAGGGUUCGCCACUGUUGCACGGUCAGAGUCUGCCGAACGUUCCCCCUUAUCAGUCACCGCAUCCAUCUGCAUCGCAACCGUCGGCGGCAGGCAAUGGCAUCAACUACAACCAGUACGGUACGGAACCGCAUGCUCCAUCGCACGUAGACAUUGGCAUUGUACCUCACGAACAUUCACCACCGUCGGCACCAGCAGGUCCUGGAAAUGCUGGUGGCCCGGGCGGUUUGGCGUUCUCCACUCUGCAGGUUGACCUGAAAGUGCUCGCACUGGAUGCCAUCGAUUCGAACACCGUGCGGGUGAUCUUCCUCGUGCCGCAGGUGUACGUUGGGCUGCACGGCCGGGUAGAACUGCGAUAUACACGCACACGCAACAACGACACCAGCACCUGGCAAUCGCAAGUGUUUGCCCCACCGGACGAUCUCAUAGCGACACCGCAGCUGGAGUUCGAACUGCCCGGCCUGAACGCCAACACGGAGUAUCGCGUGAAGAUAACGCUGAUACUGCGCGAUGUCAACUCGCAGCCCUCUAGUCAGGUGUACACCGUCCGUACGCCCUCGGACCGUGUCAUUACGCCUCCAUCAAUCGGGAUCGGUACCGGUCACUUCCCUCAAAUGAGUCAUCCGACCAACUUCCUCAAGGAGAUCAUUCAAGAUCCCGAGCUGCGUGCGUCCGAGGUCAACUCGACGUGGGCCAAAAUCAACUGGCGAAAAUUGGACGAUGAGGAGCUGGACUACGUUGAUGGUAUACAGCUGCGUUACCGUGAGAUCGACAGCGUUGUCUACCACGCGACACCACUCAUACAUCGCGCCCUGAGCGAGUACACCGUCGAGGGUUUACAACCGCAAACUCGCUAUGAGGUCGGCAUCUUCUUCAUUCCUUUCCCGGGACAUGGCGAAGAGGUACGGGCUGGGGAGAUGCUCCAAAUUGUCACGGCCGAGCGAAUCGAUGUGUACGGGUUCGAGGUGGUUGUGAAUGCGAGCAAAAUCAAAGCCACCAGCGUGGAGGUUAGCUGGUCGGGAGUACCCUAUCCCGAGGACAAGUACAUUAACAUCUAUCGUGCGAUCUACCAGAGCGAUAGCGGAAAGGAAGAUUCCAGCGUGUUUAAGGUGGCCAAACACGACUCAACGACGGGCACGCUUAUAGCGGAUCUUAAACCCGGCACACGAUACCGGCUGUGGCUUGAGAUGUAUCUCACCAAUGGUAGCAUUAAGAAGAGCAAUGUAGUCAACUUCAUCACCAAACCCGGUGGACCAGCCGUACCGGGAAAGACAGAUAAACUUGCAGCUGCAGGUGCAGCCGGGGCGGUGAAUGGAGACUAUUAUGGUCCCCUAGUGGUUGUCGCCGUCAUUGCAGCACUGGCCGUGAUGUCCACCUUAAUACUGCUGCUCAUUCUAACGAGGCGUCGGGUGCAGAGUGCCACCAUAACGCCACCCAGGAAGAAUGAUGCCGCGUACGACAAUCCCAGUUAUAAGGUGGAAAUUCAACAGGAAACCAUGAAUCUAUGA